CGCCGCGCAGCAUCCACAGGGAGCGGGAACCUCCCCAGGACCCCGCGCAUGGGGGGCCGCCUCGGACAUGCCCUUCUCCCUCCCGCUGGCGGCGCCGCUCGGCUUCGCUCUCCUCCUCCUGCUCCUGCUGGCGGCCGCGGGAAGGUCCCUCCCGGUGAGGCGGAGUUCAGAUGGGUCUCUGUCAGGGGUUAUGCAGAAGUGGAAAGAGUAUCAGCUCCAAUGCCUGAAAUACUUAUAUGAGGCACCCCCCAUUGCUGCAGAAGGCAAGUUCUGCAACAGAACAUUUGACAAUUACGCCUGCUGGCCGGAUGGGCUGCCCGGCACCUACGUGAAUGUCAGCUGCCCCUGGUAUCUCCCCUGGGCUAAUGCAGUGCUGCAUGGGCAGGUCUAUCGGUUUUGCACCCUGGAGGGGACGUGGCUGCUGAAGGACAACUCAACCCUGCCCUGGAGGAACCUCUCAGAGUGCGAGGCCUCUGACCAGGAUGCACCAGAAGAACAGCUCCUGAAUUUGUCCAUCAUAUACACCAUUGGAUAUGCUCUUUCCUUCUCUGCCCUUGUAAUAGCAACUGCCAUUCUUCUUGGAUUCAGACAUCUGCAUUGCACAAGGAAUUAUAUUCACCUGAACCUCUUCAUGUCUUUUAUCCUCCGGGCCAUAUCUGUCUUCAUUAAAGACUCUGUGGUGAAGUGGAUGUACAGCACAGCCACACAAGAGCACCAGUGGGAAGGACUUAUUGCUUUCCAGGAAUCACUCAGCUGCCGCUUGGUCUUUGUGAUGAUGCAGUAUUGUGUGGCUGCAAACUACUACUGGUUACUGGUGGAAGGCAUGUACCUGUACACACUGCUGGUACUUUCAGUCUUUUCUGAACAGAGAAUUUUUCGGCUUUAUCUCUGCAUUGGCUGGGGUGUGCCAAUGCUGUUUGUUAUCCUCUGGGGAACUGUCAAGUACCUUUAUGAAGAUGAAGGUUGCUGGACCAGAAAUUAUAACAUGAAUUACUGGCUGAUCAUCAGACUGCCUAUUCUCAUUGCCAUUGGGGUAAAUUUCCUGAUCUUUAUCAGAGUUAUAUGCAUCAUCAUCUCCAAGCUACAAGCUAACUUGAUGUGCAAAACUGACAUAAAAUGCAGGCUGGCCAAGUCUACCUUGACUCUGAUCCCACUGCUGGGGACCCAUGAAGUCAUCUUUGCCUUUAUUACUGAUGAGCAUGCCAGAGGGAUGCUGCGCUUUGUGAAGCUUUUUACUGAACUCUCCUUUGCUUCUUUCCAGGGGCUGAUGGUUGCAAUUCUCUACUGUUUCAUCAAUAAUGAGGUUCAGAUGGAGUUUCGGAAGAGCUGGGAGCGCUGGAGAUUGGAACAUUUCUAUGUCCAGCAAGACAGCAGUAUGAAACCUCUGAAGUGUCCUGCCAACAGCAUCAGCAGUGGAGGCACAGUUGGCAGCAGUGUCUACGCUGCCACUUGUCAGGCCACAUUCAGCUAGAGAUAUCUGCAGGUGAAUCAGACU